AUGGUUUCAACUAGGAGAUCCGGUGGACCAGUGGCUCCUGUUGAACUAAGUUUCAAUGGUAAAGAUUUGAAGAAAGUUAUACCAAUUGCUGAACAAAGAAGACUUCAAGAGGAAGAGAGCAGCCUGUCGGAAGGCCUGCUGCUGGAAAAAGAGGAUUUAAAUGAUGAGGGGUCAGAGGCCGUAUUUGAUGAUAAUGAGGAUGAUAAUGAGGAUGAUAAUGAGGAUGAGGAAGAAGUGGUUGAACAAAAGACACAAACCACGAGAAGAACAACCAGAAACACACGAGCCAAGGCCAAACCAAUAACCCAUAGAUCCAAACACAAAACAACUAAGCUUUCUCAUUCAAAACCUGCACCUACCAAAAAGUCUACUUCGAAAACAGCAACGACAAAGAGUACCACAGCUAAAGCUGCACGUACUACGAAAACCAAACCUACAAAUAAAAGAGACACCGAAGUAGAACUUAAGAAGAACACCGAAGUGGCAGUAAAGAAAAACACCGAAGCUACAAAAAGAAAAGAAAAAGCCCCCACAGAUGAAAAUAUACCACUACUCGUAAAGAAGGAAACCAGAGGAAGACCAAGAAAGUACCCACUUGGUCCCAAUGGCAAACCAAUUAUGCCUCCUCCUGCUCUCAAACCAGGCGAAGUGAAGAAAAAGCGUGGACGUCCACGUAAACUGGAAACAAUAUUAGGAGAAAAGAGGAAACUAGCUGAUGAGGUUACCGGAUCGUCCGCAAAGAAACUCAAAACAGAUACAAGUCCACAAGAGUCUGAUAGUGCAUCUCCUAGUGACGAGUCUCCACGAGAAAAAAUCCCUUCAAUGGAGGGUGCUACGAUUCAACCGAUUUCGGCAGUGGUUCCACCACAACACGCGACAACAUCACCAAACAUUCACAAACACAACAUCAAUCAUUUGUUAUCUAACGAUGCACCUCCAGCAUCUGCCUAUCCUCAAACUACUUACGAUACAAGAACCCCUAAUAUUCCAUCUUCAGCUCCAUAUCCACAUCAAAUCCCUCCACUUUCGUCAUCGUCAUAUAACAGUGGCUACAGUCCACAGUAUCAACCAUAUCAAGGUCAGCAGCCACCACCACCACCGCCUCCACAAUACCCUCAGCAACUGCCCCCGUACCCCUAUCAGCAAUAUUCUCAUUCAUUGCACCCACCUUAUCCUUUGGCUAAUGGUUCAAUGCCGAACCAAGGGCCAGCCCCAGUACCCCAAAACCAUAUUACUACUGGUCCACAACAAGCACCACCACCUCCGCCACCACCUCGUAGGCAACAACCACUACCACCUGGACCACCAUCACAGGAGGCACAUGGUCGUAUACCUAUUACAUCCAUCAUAUCUCAAAAGAUUGAUACCAAGGAUCUACCGUCGAUAAUGUACGAAGGCGAUACUACCAGAGAAGAAGCCGAAGAAGAUGCAGAGGGUGCAGGCGAAAGAGAGGACGAGGAUGACGGAGAACUUAACCUGAAGCAUAUCAAACGCAGAUAUCGUGUUGAUCGGGAGAAUAUCAAAAUCAACAAGAGAAUCAUGUCACAAGAUACUGAAGACGUUAUUAAAAUGUUUAAAAAAUUUGACGAUGAAGUUUUGAGUCACCCUGAAGCCAGAAAACGUUUGUUAUUAUUGGGAUUUGAAACGAGGAAAAGAUACAUCACCACAUUUAAACACUAUAUCCGUUUCUGCUGUAGGAAAAAGAUGGACAACUUUUUCGUUACUGGUGAUUUAAUGAAGGAGUUUUAUCAAGAGCAAUUUGCCUUGAGUACCUCCAGUAAACCGGUAAUUCGAUUGCGGAAAAUGGAUCCAGCUUUUUCCAAACUACAAGAAAUUAAUAACUUGGUAUAUCGCUUGGGCAGUAAAGAGAUUCCUCGUCGUCAUAUUGCUUUAGAAUAUUUGGUAUAUAAAGAAAUGGGGAAGGAACCGGAAGACGAUGACAAUUCGGCCAUUGAUGUAAUCGGUAAGUACAACAGUGAAGUGAUUAAAGGGAAAAGAAAGAGAAGAACGUUUAGAAAAGAUAAACAUGACGAAUUUGCUAUUUCGAUAUACGCACCAGAAAAGGGAAGGAGACCAAAUCAUGGUACUGAUGGUGGAAAUCAAACCCUCUUGGUCCAUCCAUCGUUGCCUCCAUUACCUUCUUUAGUUCGAGAGAAUCAGGAAAAAAUGCAACGACAAAGGGAAUGGGAAGAUCAGAAUCAACGUCUUCAAGAGGCCCAAGAUCGUACACAUGGAAGUGAACAGCACCAUACCCCCGAUCUUGCUGCAGCUGCUUCUACACUGCAACAUGUGCCUCCACAAUCCACAUCACCACCGGCUCUUAUAUACCCCAAAAAGAUCACCAAGAAAAACAUUGAAGAGAUUAGACGUUCAUUUGCUCAAUUGUGUACCGAAAUCAAUUCGUCAUUACAAAAAGCAGUGGGUGUGGAACCGGCUUUUGUUUCUGAUUUGACUACCAAAGUCAAUGCGCUGCUUGAUAAAUUUGACUUGGAAUUGAAUGGACCUCGUCCACCACAGCCUCCACCUCCACAAAUUACUUCCACUGGUGUGCCCAUUUACGAUUUACAACCAAACACAUACACUGUUUAUGAGAUUCUUGAUGAAUGGUAUAAUGGCACUCCAGAAAAGCCUAGUGUUGCUCAAAGAUUGGAACAAUAUGGUGAAGAAUGGAUCCGAGAUGAGUUUGAGUACAAUACGUUUGUUGAGCGUCGAAGUGUUGUUGAAUUUGUGGAGCGUUUGAGUAAAGAGACCAAAGUUGAUAUUUGGGUGAUUGCUAAUGAUUGUGACAAGUAUAUUCGAGAUAAAUCGAUUUUGGAUGAGUUUAUUAGUGAAAUUGAAUUGGAUGUGGAGGAUUUGUUCAAGAGAAUUUUGAGGUAUAGACAAAGGAGGGGGUAG